GCUGCCGUCGCCGCUGCCGCGUCGGGGCCUCGGGGGCUGCGCCGGGCUCCGCUCAUGUCAGAGGCGCCUUCGCGUGCGGCCCGAAGGGCUGCGGGAGCGAGGGCGAGGCCGGGCGGGCUGGGACCGAGAAUCACCUUCAGGCCAGUCUGGUGAGGCUUUGGCAGAAAUUAAGGAGGAAAACAUUUCUUUUGUUCUUUGGCAUGGAUAAACGUUCAGUGGGAAGAUUAGACUUGACUGAACAGACUCCUCUUUUAUUAGGGAGUAAAGCCAUGGCAGCUAGUCUCACGGAUGUAGGAAAUUCAUUUGGUGACUCAACUAGUCCUUUAAUUAAUAGAUCUAGAAACUCAUCAAUGGAAGAUGAUGAUGAUGAUGAUGAUGUUGUAUUUAUUGAAUCUAUACAACCUCUUUCAAAUUCUGCUCCAGCAAUAGCUGAUCAAAGAAACUUUAAAUUUGCUUCGUCAAGAAAUGAAAAGCUGCAAGGAAAUUUUUCCGUAAUUCUUCCUUCCUCAAGAGAUCUGGCUUCUCAGAAGGGAAAUAUAAGUGAGACAAUUGUUAUUGAUGAUGAAGAGGACAUAGAAACAAAUGGAGGGAAAAAGACAAAUUCUUCCAGUUUUAUUGAAUGGGGACUUCCUGGAACUAAAAACAGAGCCAAAGAUUUGGAUUUCUCCACUUCCAGUCUUUCAAGAAGUAAGACCAAGACUGCAGUAGGACCUUUUAAUCCUGGUAGAGUGAAUGUGGCAGGAGAUGAAUUUCAGAGUGGAGAAUUUGCAACUCAUCAUAGUCCUGAUUCUUGGAUCUCCCAGUCAGCAUCAUUUCCCCGUAAUCAGAAACAGCCAGGUGUGGAUUCUUUAUCACCAGUGGCGUCGCUUCCUAAACAGAUUUUCCAGCCUUCAGCCCAACAGCAGCCCACUAAACCAGCUAAAAUCACUUGUGCACACUGCAGAAAACCUUUACAGAAGGGACAGACAGCUUAUCAACGAAAAGGAUCUGCUCACCUCUUUUGUUCUACCACCUGCCUUUCUUCCUUCUCUCAUAAGCGUAUGCCAAAGAAGCGCAAUGUAAUAUGUAAAAAAGAUGCAUCUACAAAAAAGGAUACUAUUGGUCCUCAAGUGGAGUCAAGCGAAUUCUUCCAAGAAUUUUGUGGUACAUCUUGUUUGUCUCCCUAUGAAGACAACCAGAAUCUUAGAAAAAGAGUUCUGAAUAAAUCAAGAUGUACAAUCUGUAGUAAAUUAACAGAGAUUCGUCAUGAAGUCAGCGUUAAUAAUGUGACACACAAACUGUGCAGUAACCAGUGCUUUAAUAAGUACAGGUUGGCCAAUGGUCUAAUAAUGAAUUGCUGUGAACAGUGUGGAGAGUACUUGCCCAGGAAAAGUGCUGGAAACCAUGUCCUGACGAUUGAAAGUCAGCAGAUGAGAUUUUGCUGCCAAAGUUGUAUUAAUGAAUAUAAACAGAUAAUGGAAACAAAAUCAAAAAAGUUUCCAGCAUCAGAAAACAGAAAAAGGAAUGCUAUUACAGAAGAAAAUGAAAGGACAUUAUAUGGAUCGUUGAAUACACUUUUGGAAAAAAUAGAGGGAAUACCAGAAAAAAAGGAAAAGACUUUAGAUCUACAGAUUUCAGCAGAAUGUAGCACGGACACAUCACUGAUCAAACAGGAUGUGAAUUUACCUUCUUUUAUGUCAACCAUAGCUGAUAAAUUUCAAGAGCAACUGGAAGAGAAAAAAUCAGAAGAAUCCAUCAUACCAGUUGUGCUUUCUGCAGAUCCAGGUACAUGGCCUCGCGUUUUGAAUAUCAAACAACGGGACACUCUUGUUGAAAAUGAUCCACCUCAAGUAAGAAACUUUAACUUUCCAAAAGACAAUGCAGGCAGAAAAUUUUCAGAAACUUAUUAUACACGAAUCCUUUCAAAUGGUGAAAAAACUACUAGAGCCUGGCUACUUUAUUCAACCUCAAAGGAUUCUGUGUUUUGUCUGUAUUGCAAACUCUUUGGGGAAGGGAAAAAUCAACUGAAGAAUGAGAAUGGGUGCAAAGAUUGGCAGCACUUAUCACAUAUUCUUAGCAAGCAUGAAGAGAGUGAAAUGCACAUCAACAAUAGUGUUAAGUAUUCAAAGUUAAAAUCUGAUUUAAAAAAAAAUAAAACUGUUGAAGCUGCAGAACACAGAUUAAAAGAGAAUGAGAAAAAUGAUGGUGUGCUAUUGUUGUACACGUAAUAUACCUGAUUUGGUUUUUGACAUGACCGUCUUACAGUUACUCAGAAAAGAUCUGUACCCUCACGGUACCAUUGUGUUGUGAGGCUGCUUUACAGAAUAACUUGCAACAGCUCAUUAGCAAUAAGUAUAAUAGUAAAGAAUCUUUCUGUUCCAAAUUCUAAAGCUAAUUGGAUUCAUAAUUAAUUCAGAUUUCAGUAAAGGCACUUGUUAAUUUUUUCAGUCUGUCAAUUCACACCUUUUUAAAUUGGUAUUUGAGGACUGACAUUUGACAAGUUUGGUUGAUUUUCUGUUCUGAUUACAUGGAAAGAGGGAGAGAAAGGCUUAAAUUUAUCCAUACCAGUUUGUACAAGAUACGUGAACAAGCGUUAUCAUCAUUAUUAUUAAAACAUUCAGAAGCAGUUUAAGAACAGAACGGGAUGUGAAACUGCACCUUUUUGCUAUUAAACCAAAUACUUGUGAUUUCUUUCUUUUGAGGAAAACAUUGUUUUAUCAUUUGAGCAAAGCAGCAUCUUUGUUACGUUAAAUAAAUAAAGGUGGUUAAUUUGCAUUUUAUUGGUUUUUUAAUUUAAUUUGUAAAUGUUUUCGCUUUUAUUGUUAUGUGAGAACUAUAAGCAUAAAGAGUGUAUGCCUAUUUUUAUGUUGGUAUAAAUAUAAGAAAUAUUAAAAAUAUAUUAAACUUUA